UGUCUCAAGCCCCUGGUGUCCUCAAGGCUAGUCCUGUACCAUCAAGUUAUUUUACCAGAUAUAAUAAACUACACCUAAUGGUUAAUGGUCUUUAAGGCAGAGAACAACCUAGAGGUGUAAAGUGGUGGGAAUAUUAUAUCUUAAGGCAUAUAGACUUGAAGAUGGGUGUAAUGAGGGAGAAGGAGGAAUUCUUCACUACCGAGAUACUCUAGCAAAGAAACCGGCGAGCACGAUGGAGGGGGCGGACGGUGCCGGGGCGUGGGCAGAGUCGGGGAAGACAUUCUCCCUGGUAUACCGAGGCAGCACAGAAGUAGAUCGGCACUACUCUAAGCCCAUGUUACCGUGGAUUAUCUCGGAGAUUAAGAAUCGCCAGAAGUCAGUCGAGGUGACUGUGGAGAUUAACCGUGGGAAUGUUACAGUACGUGAAGUGUCAUCUGGGGUGGUGGUCAUAAGUCACACGGUAAAACAGAUUCACAAGUGUGUUAUGGAGCAGGCAGAUCACACGUGCUUCCUGUACACGCUCAAACCUGUAGAUAAGGAAUAUGGAGGUCUGUGUGGCGCCCCUGGCUACGUGGCUGCCGCUGACCCAACACAACUUAUCCCCGAUAACCUUCCUCUUGAUCAGAAUUAUCAUUGUCAUCUGCUGCAGGCUACUGAUGAGCAACAAGUUCGUAACUUUUUCUCGUGUUUGCGUCAGCAGCCCAAAGAUGCACAGCCAAACACAGAGCCGUCAUCAGUGAGCUCUCUCAACUCUCUCCCCGACCUCUAUGUUCAUAAUGAGUCACAGUUUUUUGAGGUUAUGUUUGUCGGGAGAGUUAAGGUGUCUCACUCCAAGGUGCCACCCAGCUUUAUUGAUGAAGCUUUAUCUGCAUUUAAGCUGAGAGAGAAAACACGUCACCGUCACGCAUCAGGAGAGGGGGGUCGGUCACAGCCAAGUGGUGCCACAAUAACAUACCAGCAGGAGGGGAGCGGAGUGUCCGUCCCAAACAUUGUCUUCCCUAGUCUGGUAUCUGACCCAGACAUGGGUUUUCGCAGCCGCAGCAACUCUAGGGAUUAUGGUAAGGUGAGCUCUGGUGAUCAGGGUAAACAAGACCAAGAUUCACAGAAGCAUCCCAAAGUGAGGUUCUCCCUCUGGUCCAGCACUGAACAGCCUCCUGAGUCACCAACCAAAACAACAAACCCUCUAUCUAGGCAGACCAAUAUAGUGCCACAACCUGUGGACGGCCCCACACCUUUGCUGCCCCCUCUUGAGAUGGUCCCCUACCUCAGGUCCUCCAGCAUCACGGAGGGGGAGCAGGAAAACUCCACUACUGAAGGUUCUGGAGAUAAGGAGCCAUCAGCGGGUGAGGAGGAAGAGGCCAAGACAGAACUAUCAGUCGUUGAACCCUUCAGACAACGUCUUAGGACAAUCAGCGGAGAUUCUAGUCACUUGUUUCGUAGGCCGUCUAACAACCAGGACCAAGGCAUGAGAGCUCGUGCCGGUUCCAUCGGCAGCAUGACGCCCAGGAGUCGUGGAUACCGCCAAAGUGAAUGUGAAUUGAGGAUGCUGAGCCACGACUUUAACCGCACUAUGCUGUUCCACAUCGGCCGGAGUGAAAUCCAGUUGAUUAAUCCGGAAGUGAAGUCCGUCCAACUUAACAAGAACUUUAACAACAAUGCUGUUGCUCAUGGAGACAGUGCUUGUGGGGACAGUGCUUGUGAUACUCAUGAGACAGUGCUCAUGGGACAGUAUGGGACAGUGCUUGUGGGGACAGAAAUUGUGGGGACAGUGCUCAUGGACAGUCUCAUGAGACAGGUGCUCAUGGGGACAGUGCUCAUGGGACAGUGCUUGUGA